AGGAGGGAGCUGCCUGAGUCGGCGACAGAAGAGCCCGGAUAAUGGAGGAGGACGGAGGAGCCCGGCGGGGGAAGGAAGGAAGCGCCGCCCGAGAGGAGGAGGAGGAGGAGGAGGAGAGCGGGCCCCGCGGAGCAGUCCUGCCCGGUCCCGGCGCGGCUUCCCCGGGAGACGGCGGGGAAAGGCCGGGGGGCUCCGGGGCUGCCGGAGGGAUGAGCCCAGGGGGAGCCCGGGAAAGGCGGCUGCCUGGAGGGCGAUGCGGGGAGGAGGAAACGGGCGGAGACCCCGAGACGGUCCUGGAGGGCGGAGGCUCCUUGGGAAGACCCGGGAGGCCCCCAAGGAUCCAGGAGGGAGGAAAGGAACGUCAGUGGCCGGAAUAUACAAAAUCCUUCAAAGAAAUCACCAUCUUCAAAGGCAUCAAAGGAUCCACUCGGGAGAAAAACCUCAUAAGUGCAUGGAGUGUGGAAAGAGCUUCUGUCAAAGGGAAAAUCUUUAUUCACAUCAAAGGCUCCAUUUAGAAAACCAGUACCAAUGUUGGGAAUGUGAAAAAUCCUUCAAAACAAUUCAAAUCCUCGAAAAACAUGUAAGAAUGCAUUCCUUAGAGAAACCAUUUAAAUGCCUGGAAUGUGGAAAGAGCUUCAGUCAUUGGAGCAACUUUGAUAUACAUGAAAGAAUCCACUCGGGAGAAAAAAAAUACCAAUGCCCAGAAUGUGAAAAAUCUUUCAAAAGAAAUGACCAUCUUCAAAGGCAUCUAACAAUCCACUCAGUAGAAAAACCUCACAAAUGCCUGGAGUGUGGAAAGAGCUUCGGCCAGAUGGGACAUCUUUAUAGACAUCAAAGAGUCCAUUUACAAGAAGAGUAUGAAUGUGGGGAAUGUGAAAAAUCCUUCAAAACAAUUCAAAUCCUUGAAAAGCAUCUAAGAAUCCACAAGCCGAAUAUAUGCCUGGAGUGUGGAAAGUGCUUCAGUCAAAGGGGAAGUCUUGAUACCCAUCAAAGGAUCCACACAGGAGAAAAACCCUACAAAUGCCUGGAGUGUGGAAAGAACUUUACUGGGGGUGGACACCUCCGUCGACAUCAAAGAAUCCACACAGGAGAAAAACCACAUAAAUGCCUUGAAUGUGGAAAGUGUUUUAGUAGGAGAGGAACUCUGUAUGGACAUCAAAUGAUUCACACAGGAGAAAAACCACACAAAUGUCUGCAGUGUGGAAAGAGCUUCAGUCAAAGGGGAAGUCUUGAUACCCAUCAAAGAAUCCACUCAGGAGAAAAACCCUGCAAAUGCCUGGAGUGUGGAAAGCGCUUUAUUGACUGUAGUAGCCUCUGUCGACACCGAAGAAUCCACACAGGAGAAAAACCAUAUAAAUGCCUCGAAUGUGGAAAGUGUUUCAGUAGGAGAGGAACACUGUAUAGACAUCAAAUGAUUCAUACAGGAGAAAAACCACACAAAUGUCUGGAAUGCGGAAAGAGCUUCAGUCAGAGAGGAAAACUUUCACUGCAUCAAACAAUCCAUUCAGGAGAAAAACCCUAUAAAUGCCUUGAGUGUGGAAAGAGCUAUAUUGAGCGUAGGGGCCUCCAUCGACAUCAAAGAAUUCACGUGGGAGCAAAAUGAUAAACAUGAGUGUGAGAAGACCUUCAGUCCCAGAGUGUUUCUCAGGAAUUGCAUUGAAUUGCAUAUUUAAUUUGGCCGAGUCUGAAUAGGCACACAAGGAAUUUGUCUUGAGUGCACAAGCUCUUAAUGUACAUACAAAGCAACAGAAUAAUGAUAUUCAUAAUAAUAAUUCCAAUAUGACGGUUGAGUAAAGAAGAUAUUAAGAAGGGUAAAGAAUAACUGCCAAAUAAGGGACUUUCCCGGGCUGAAUAAUUUUUCAAUUGUACAUAUGAGAUGUUUCAACUGGCUGAAAUUGUACCUUUUCACAGCAGUCUUUCAUGACUCAUGAUGCCAUUUCCCAUGUGACCGUUCUUUUAAUGCAAGGCUCAUUAUGGUAAUAUUAUGGGAUGUUACUGUCCAUGUCUCUGAUGUAACUAACUGAGCAAGGUAAUUUCUUCCAGGGUGGAUUUGAUUUGAAUCAGAUUGAUUUAAAUCACAAUUUAAACCAUUAUAUUAAUGACUAGUAAAAAGGCUUCAUUUAAAAAGAUUUAAAUCAAGAUCUUUUCAGCUCCACACCAAACUUGGUGCCUGAGUUUGGACACUAAGACAUGAUUUAAAAUGAUCAACCAAUAAUUAAAAGUAACAGGAAAAAGAACUUGGUGUUCUCAUUUACUCCCUGCUUCCAUUUCAUAAGGGGCUAAAUUGGCAUUUUUGUCCUUGCAAUACAACUCUGAUAAAUUGGCUGCAAAUAGAGGGGAGAUUUCCCAGAGUCCAGGAGCCCUUCUGAAGACUGACUAACCUCUUGGAAGGCAUCUUCACUCUGAUAGUAACUGGCAGUUUAGCUUACAUGGAUGAGGUCAUAAAGCCAUCAGAAUUCCAAUGGAGAUGACAGGUGGCCUAUCAAACUUCACUUGUUCCACCUUUUCUACAUACAGCAUUGCCGGGCAAAUGUCUAGGAGGCAACCAAACCAAUCACUAAAGCUUCCCAUUUCUCAUCUUUUUGUAAAAAUGGUAGGUUUUUGGAUGUAGACUGCCUCUGUUAAGGGAAGCUCCACCCAUUAAUAUAGCUCUGGAUAAACUUGCCAACACAUUCCCUUUCUCUCGCCAUGCUGUUUUGUGUUUUGUUCCAUCAUCCAGGUGAGCUCCUUCCGGUAUUUCUACUUAGGUACAGAUACCUUUUCCUGAAUCCCAAAGUAUUAUUAGAUGGUGCCAACUUUAAGGACAGAGAGAGAGAGAGAGAAAUUGUCUCCAUGAAUUUUAAACUUCAGACAUCAUUUCUCGUACAGAAAUCCAGGACAGAAAACAAAAUCCUGUCUCCCUUGAACAAGUUCUGCCAAAACAAAAUGGAAGAGGCCUUCAAAGAAAAACCAGAAAGUCCAGCUGCCUCUUGAAAAAGCACCUUUGCGACAACCAUGACCUGGAUGACAAAGAAUCUCCAUAGACAUUCAGGAGGCCUUCUACUAUUCCAGACAAGUGGGAAUAUGCCACCUUUGGAGGAGCUGCGAGGCUCGCUCUUGGCUGUUUAUGUUAUUUUUCUGCUUUUGUUAAAGUUUGUGGUUGAAUAAAUGCCAUACAUGCAUACA